GGGCGGUGAGGGGAAGAGAGAGAGAGACUCAGGUAGACGAGCGUCCGUCUACUGGGUGAGUGAGGCUCCCAGAGGGAUGAGCCCGGCAGAGGGACUGAGGAUGCAGUAAGAGAUGAAGGCUCGGUGAGGGCGAGGGGUCAGCCAGGAGGAGGGAUUGGAGAGUCGGGUGAGGAGUCUGGGGGACUGAGUGAGGGGUGUGGUCCAGGAUGGGGUGGGGUCUCCGCGAGGGGCCUGGAGUCUCAGAGAAGGAAACCCUGCAGGGGGACAGAGGCUGGUGAUCCUGCAGGGUCCACAACCUGCGGAGCCGGCCCUUGGGGGUGUGGGGGGGCUCCCACCCCAGCAUCACCCCCACCUCCGACUGCGGCGCAGGCGCGACCAACCGGCUUUCGCUUCGCUCGCGCUCUGACUCCGCUCGGUGGACACAGCAGGCAGAGGACUCCGUGAUGCCGAACUGUGACCGUCCCUGUGGCUGUGGCCCAGGCCCCAAUGUGGAAGACGGCAAGUGGUACGGGGUCCGCUCCUACUUGCACCUCUUCUAUGAGGACUGUGCAGGUACCGCCCUCAGUGAUGACCCCGAGGGGCCUCCUAUUCUGUGUCCCCGUCGACCUUGGCCCUCACUGUGCUGGAAGAUCAGCCUCUCCUCGGGGACCCUGCUUCUGCUGCUGGGUGUGGCAGCCCUGACCACUGGCUAUGCCGUGCCCCCCAAGCUGGAGGGCAUUGGAGAGGGCGAGUUCCUGGUGUUGGAUCAGCGGGCAGCUGACUACAACCAGGCUCUGGGCACCUGCCGCCUGGCAGGCACGGCACUCUGCGCGGCCGCCGGGGUCCUGCUGGCCAUCUGCCUGUUCUGGGCCAUGACCGGCUGGCUGAGCCAGGACACCAAGGCAGAGCCUUUGUAUACUGAAGUGGACAGCCAUGUGGAGGUCUUUGGGGACGAGUCAGAGCAGCAGCUCUCCCCCAUCUACUGUGAUGCCAGUGGCCAUUCUUGGUUCUCGCCGCCCACCAGCGCCUUUGGGCAAUCCUCCGUGCAGACCAUCCAGCCGAAGUGGAGCUCUUGAGCUGCCCGCAGAGCUGGAGGAGGCAUCAGACCCAGAGACCGGACCCCUCCUCCUCUUCACCACACCCCAUCGUCUCCCUAAUGUCUCCCUUUCAGCAGGGACCCUUCUGUCUACGCCUCCAAAAGGGUGAGCUCCAGGUCAGGAAGUCUGGAGCUCACAUUCUCAUGCCCAUUCCCAGGGGUAGGGCCCAACUCAUCCAAGAUGCCAACCGUCCCCAAGUCCACUCAGAACUCCCCGCCACCCCUCCUUCCCCAGGCUCUUCAGGGGCAGAAAGCAUCUCCCUCAACCUGUCCCCAUGCUUUUCUCUCUGUGGCCAAGCCCCUUACCUGUUCAGAUCACCAGUUCCUGCCUCUGAAGUAAAAGGGGUUUGGGCCAGAUUCUCGAGUUCCAUGACUUUCCUAUUCUCCCCUGAUGUAAGCAUUACCCUCUAUAGGCAAACGUGGGUGUCAUUCUCAUCCAUUGACCCCGCCCUCUCUCAGCUGCACAGGAUGCCUCAGGAUGAGUCAAAGAUGCUCAUUGGACUUCCUGUCCAGGGUGGCACAGAAACAGUGGCUCCCUACAGUCUGUUUUCUUCAUGCGUUUUGGCAUCAGAGCCUUCCUCCCUAUCCACCCCAUCCUGAGCUAUUACUAGCUCCAGUGAACAGAUGAGGUGCUGAGGGAGGCUGGCCGUCUGCAGGCUCCAUGUUUCCUGACUCCUCCUGGGCCAGCUCCUGUUCUAUAGCUGUAGCAGGGCCCUGCGUCUUUCUGGCUUUCCUGGGACCCCCCAGGGGUUGGGGACAGGCUCGGCCCAGAGAGACUAGCUGGAAGCCUGGUGUCCCAGGUGGCUAAGAAAAUACUGUGAACAUGCAUUUAAAUGGCCUCUAAGGGCCAGGGGGCAGGAGAACUAGGCUGUCUUUGUUCCUCAAGUCCCCCACCCAGCUUUGCUGGUUUGGCUCAGUGUUUAGAGUGUCGGCCUGCGGACUGAAGGGUCCUGCGUUCGAUUCCAGCCAAGGGCACAUGCCCAGGUUGUAGGCUCCAU